GGGCUUUUCUAUAACAAUUUCUCAUACUCAAUUCAACUCUCUUAAUCCUUUAAACCAUCCUUAUUUCUCUUUUCUUGUAAUACCAGAUGGUUUCUCUAAAGUUUAUAUCAUUAUUGCUGGCUCUUAAUGACAAUAUUGAAGUUACUCUUCAAGAAAGAUUGGCUCAUCUGCAGCAACAAAGUGAUGGAAUUGUGUGCAUAGUCUAUGAUUCUAUCAUGUAUAAAGUAGCAGAGGUGGCUAACAAUCUUAAAAUUCCUAGUGUUAUAUUGGAUACUAGCAGUGCUAGUCUUUCCUGGACUUAUGCUGCCUUUACAAGACUUGAAGCUAAAGGUUAUUUUCCCUUGAAAGAUUCAAUUGCCGAAGACUUGGUGCCCGGACUUGAUCCACUCAGGUUUAAGGAUCUUCCUAUAUUCAAAUUUCCACAUGUUGAUGAUUUGAUAAAUUUGAUUAAAACUACAACAGAUGUAAGAACAUCGUCAGCAAUCAUCUGGAACACAACAGAGUGUCUUGAACAACCAAUCCUAGAAAAGAUCAAAGAACAUUACCAAAUUCCAUGUUUUCCAAUAGGUCCAAUGCACAAAUUCGUUAAGAAUAUUAAUACUUCCUGUAACUUAUUAACAGAAGACAGAAAUUGCAUAAAGUGGCUAGAUAAUCAAGCUGCUAACUCAGUCCUGUAUGUUAGCAUUGGAAGUGUGGCUUCAAUUAGUGAGAGAGAAGUAAUGGAAAUAGCUUGGGGCCUAGUGAAUAGCAAGCUGCAUUUUUUAUGGGUAAUUCGACCCGAUUCAAUUACUGGAAGUGAUUGGAAAUUAGUAUUCGCCGAGAAUUUAAAACGAGGUAUCGAUAAAAGAGGUUAUAUUGUGGAAUGGGCACCACAAAAGGAAGUACUAGCACAUUCUGCAAUAGGAGGUUUUUGGAGCCAUUGUGGCUGGAAUUCUACACUGGAGAGUAUUUGUGAAGGAGUUCCGUUGAUAUGUAGGCCUUGUUUUGGGGAUCAAAAUGUGAAUUCGAGGUACGUGAGUCAUGUUUGGAGAGUGGGAAUCAUGUUGGAGAAUGAGUUGGAGAGAGAUGAAAUCGAGAGAGCUGUGAGGAAGCUAAUGGUGAGUGAACAAGGGGAAGAGAUGAGGCAAAAAGCCAUGGAUUUUAAAUUGAAAAUUGAGAAUAGUCUUACUGAAAAUGGUUCUUCUUACCAGUGCUUGGAUGAUCUGGUGAAGUUUCUUUUGUCACUAUAAUUGCAAAGUGACAAUCAUGUUUUUGUCACUAUAACUUUUGUCAUUAUAAUGUGUGUGUGUUUAAUGUCGUCCUGUGAAGUCUGACGUGAGGAAUGAUUUGUCUAUGUGUUCCAAUUUAUUAUUGUGACCA